GAUGUCGCUGCAGUAUUGCGUCUUCGUGUUUACGGGCGGGAAGAGUGAACAGUCAGACGAGUGCCGUGUUUACAUCAGGGACUUAGUUAUUAUCGCCCUUGACAAGGACCAUGUGCACGUUUUUAUGACUGGCGAGGAAUUAAAGACGACAGUAAAUAUACUUUAAACCGGACUUCGGUUCCAACUAGUUGUCAGAGGGAAGAUGGAGAAUCCCCGUGUUGGCUCCGACGGUGGAACAGUGAUCGGGCCCGCGGUGCAGGUGGCUGACAUCUGCCUUCCGGCGGCGGCUCUACCGCUUCGGCUGGUGGAGUGGAAAGUGAAGCCCGGUUCCCUCGUCAAUGUGGACUCCGUGUUAGCGCUGUGCGCGCCGAUACAAGUGGACGGGGCUGUUCGACUGCCCGAGAAGAAGGUGAAGUCCGACCGCGCUGGAGUAGUCAAGGAGCUUUGCUGUCAACUCGGACAAGUCUUAAGCCCCGGAGGGGUCAUCGUCAAAAUUGAAGAAUGCUGCCAUCCGAUAGUGAUGAAAGGGCUAUGUGCCGAGUGUGGCCAGGACUUGACUCAGUUGCAGAGUUUCAGCAGAAACCAGCAAACUCCCAUUUCCACUGCUACCGUGUCAAUGGUGCACAGUGUACCUGAGCUGAUGGUCAGCACAGAGCAAGCCGAGCAGCUCGGUAGAGAAGACCAGCAGAGACUUCACAGAAACAAGAAGCUGGUCCUGAUGGUGGAUCUGGACCAGACCCUCAUCCAUACCACCGAGCAGCACGUCCAAAGGAUCUCCAACAAAGGCAUCUUCCACUUCCAGCUGGGGCGAGGAGAGCCAGUCCUGCACACAAGACUGCGGCCGCAUUGCAAAGAGUUUCUGGAGAAAAUAGCCAAACUCUAUGAGCUGCACGUCUUCACUUUUGGGAGUCGCCUCUAUGCUCACACCAUUGCAGGUUUUCUGGACCCCGAGAAGAAGCUUUUUUCUCAUCGAAUCCUUUCACGAGACGAGUGCAUCGACCCUUUUUCCAAGACAGGGAAUCUGAGGAAUCUCUUCCCCUGUGGAGACUCAAUGGUCUGCAUCAUUGAUGACAGAGAAGACGUGUGGAAGUUUGCACCAAACCUCAUCACUGUGAAGAAAUACAUUUACUUCCAGGGCACAGGGGACAUCAAUGCUCCGCCAGGAUCACGGGAGGCACAGGCAGCCAGGAAAGUGAGCUCCACAAGUGCGCAGCCGGACAGCACAGAACAGACAAGGACACCGUCCUCUGACGAGCAAAACAAUGGUCUCAGUAAAAAGGAUGAUGACCAGGAUGUGUCGGCAAAGGAGGAUCUUACAUCUAAGUGUUCUCAGGAAGAGUCUACUGCUGAACACACACCGCUCACAGAUGAUGUGGAGGGCCAGUCACUCUCCAGUCUAGGAUGUGAGAUGGACACGGGCUCUUUGGAAAUGAGUGUUGACGGAGAGCAAAAUAAUCUGAAGGGAGAAGAUAAAAGGAGGACACGCGACACACAGGAUAGUGCAUACUCAUCCACGUUUAGCCAUGAGGCUGCUAAUCUGGAUUUGGACAUUUCCAGUGACAGUGACUCCUUCUCAGAAAAAACUACCUCAAAAGAAAGCGCUGGUGAAGACAAGUCUUCCCAGACAAAGUUUUCUGAGCCAGGAGGUGAUACAUCAGAGCCCUCUGAUGCAGUAGUCGCACGAGAAGGGGAUGAUAAGGCUCCUAUUGAGUCUAAAAACAGCCAGGACACAGCCGAAUCGUCAGGGGUUCUCUUGCCGGAUACUGACCUUGGGAAUGGCUGCCAAGAAAAGAGAGAGCCAGAAACAGAGUCGCAGAUUAGUGAACAAUCUGGAGUGACAUUAGUGGAGGAGCUUCUGGAUCAGAGUAUGGAGGACGAUGAGGAUGAUGAAGACACUUUUAAUGAUCAGGACGAUCACCUGAUUUACCUCGAGGAGGUGCUGGAAAGGAUUCAUGGCGAGUACUACGCUCGCUAUGAGUCUUACCUAAAGAAGGAGGUGUGUGAUGCACCAGACAUUCGCAAAAUAGUUCCAGAGCUUAAACGCAAGACACUAGAAGGAACCACGCUAGUGUUCAGUGGCCUUUACCCGACCAACUAUCCCCUGGAGCGGACUCGUGAGCACUACCAUGCCAAGGCUCUGGGUGCAAAGAUUAGCAAGCAACUAGUUCUUGACUCCAAAGACGCCAACUCCACAACACAUCUCAUUGCAGCUAAAGCAGGUACUGAGAAGGUUCGGCAGGGACAAGGCUUGAAGCACCUCCAUGUUGUCAACCCAGACUGGCUUUGGAGUUGUCUGGAGCGGUGGGAGAGAGUGGAGGAGCAGCUCUUCCCUCUGAAAGAGGAUUACUCCAAGAAUAUAGGAAAUAGGUGCAACAGUCCAGCAGCUUUCCUGGAGCAUCAAAGCUCCGUGAAAAAGUCCAAUUUCCAGUCAGUGCCAGUUCAGCAGAGUGUACCAGCACAAGCCCCAGAGGUUCGGCAUUAUGAUCCUGUCACAGGGAAGCUGAUCCGUCGAGCUCCACAGGUGUCGUGGCCUCCAGCCUAUCCCGGGUCCACAUCAUCUUCUUCGAUGCUUUCCGAUCAUGGGGAGAACUCUUUUCUCAGGGCAAAUAAGAGUCAAGAUGAUGUAACGCCGUCUUGUCAGGACAACGAACAACCUGGACCCUCUCGGCGGAAACGGCAACUGAGUAUGUCGGAAACCAUGCCGCUCUACACACUCUGCAAGGAGGACUUGGAAAGCAUGGACAAAGAGGUUGAUGACAUCCUGUGCGAGGACAGCGACAAUGAGAGUGAAGGACAGGGGAAAGAGAAAGCAGUUGCUGAGGAAGGUGACGAUGAAGAUGAGUGUCCAGAGGCUGAAGAGAAAACCAGCAGGGGACUUGGCCCCCAAUCACUAAACAUGGAAGGAAGCAUCCAGACAACAGCCAGUGAAGCAGGUCUGCCAAGUAAAACAUUAAGGGGCUGCAAGAGGAAGCACGAUGAGGUGAAGGACGAGGAGGACAAGAAGGAAGACGAGUCAGCAGACGAGUCUUCCAAAGAGUCCAACGAGGAAGAGGAGGGAAGCAGCUCCGAGGCAGAUGAGAUGGCUGCGGCGCUCGAGGCAGAGCUCAAUGACUUUAUGUGACUCACAAAAGAAAAAAAAAAAAAAAAGAAAAAAGACCCUAUUUUGUCUACUGGAUACAUUGCGUGUAAAAAGUGACUGUACAGAAAUAUUGUGUGGCUCAAUAAUUCCUGACUUUCUUUGUAAACGCCUCCUCGGCUUGAAAAGACUUAUUUUAAAGACGUGUUGAGAUCCUAUCAUGACCCUUUUUAAGUUCUAUUUAAUUUCCGUGUACACCGUCAAGCUUUACUGGUCUCACACGCCAAAGAGCUGGAGGAGUAUUUUUGCUAACAAGUGCAGCUAACGGGUCAACUGUCUGAUACUUCUUUUUAAACAUGUGGCUGGUGACGUUUGAAUGUCUGCAGCUGGCCCCAGAACUCUGUCCACUAUCAUGCCAACCGACAUUCAAAACUGAAGUCACCUUCCCCCCCCCCCAUCCUUCAGCAGCAGACAGACGUCUCAGGUUUUCACUCAAAUGUUCCUCCGGGUGUUUUUAACCGCAUGCUUUUUUGCCCCCCCCCCCACUUUGUUUUCCCAAUCCUCCACUGACUCAUUUUGACAUGUACUCUCUUAAUCAAUGUGGGUAGAUUAUGCUGAUAUUGGUUGUCAUAUAUUUGUUGUCUUAAAUUAAAACAAAUUGAUUUUUGGGGUGCCAGUUUGCGCUGAAUGCUCUAUCAUGACUGCACUGAUCUCCUCCCUUAUGUCACCACCACUUUCAUGCUACAGUUGUUUUAGGUGGACCUUGAAUUGUGAGGUCCCCGCUUGUGUUUGUGCUCCCCAAACCUGCGGAAGCACUCUGUGUUGAGGAUUAAUGGUGUUUUGUUUGUGUUGGGUGUUUCCAUACUCCUCUUUUGUGAGCUUCAUUUCAUACUUGACCCCAAAAGAGAAGAUGGUUCGGUGAAAUAAAGAUGUUAUUCUUUUGUA